CCGACGCCUCCGCCCUCCCUCCUCCGACCCGCUGCCUCGCCGGCGCCGUCCCCGGCGCCGACGAGGCCCGCCCUCCCUCCUCCCUCCACCGACCCUCCCUUCUCUCCGAGCUUUCCUCCACCAUUUGCCCCCGCCUCCGUCGCCGCCCUGCCCGUCUCCGGCGGCUCCCACCGCCGGAUCCAACGCCGCCGUCUCGACCGCCCGGUUCUCCAACUCCAAGUCACUGCCAACGCUCGCCCCCGCCCCUGCACGACCCAGCCGGGGGUCCAACGCUGCCCCGCCUCGCCGCCGUCUCUCCCGCCACCACCGCCCGCUACCCUGCCGCCCCGACCUUCCUCUAGAUCCGCCGGACACAGCAGCAGCUAGUUGCUGGGUGGUUCUGGUGUCCAUGGCGGGGAAGCAGCAGUAUGUGGCAAUAUUCACCACCGCGAGCCUGCCAUGGAUGACUGGUACCGCCGUCAACCCCCUGUUUCGGGCCGCAUACCUCGCCAAGGCUGGAAACUGGGAUGUUACGCUGGUGGUGCCGUGGCUGUCCAAGGGGGAUCAGAUUCUUGUUUAUCCUAACAAGAUGAAGUUCAGUUCGCCGGCAGAGCAGGAAGCCUACGUGCGGUGGUGGCUUGAGGAGCGGAUCGGGGUGUUACCGAGGUUCGAUAUAAAGUUCUAUCCUGGGAAGUUUUCAACUGAGAAAAGGAGCAUUCUACCUGUUGGGGACAUCAGCCAGACCAUAUCUGAUGACAAAGCAGAUAUUGCAGUGCUAGAAGAGCCAGAACAUCUUACAUGGUACCAUCAUGGACGGAGGUGGAAAACCAAGUUCCAAAAAGUCAUAGGUGUUGUUCAUACGAACUAUUUGGAAUACGUGAAAAGAGAGAAAAAUGGAUAUAUCAGUGCAUUUAUCUUAAAACACAUCAAUUCUUGGGUUACGGACAUCUAUUGCCAUAAGGUUAUAAGAUUGUCUGCAGCAACUCAGGACGUCCCUAGGUCUGUGAUUUGUAAUGUUCAUGGAGUUAACCCCAAAUUUAUUGAAAUUGGCAAAUUGAAACAUCAGCAGCUAUGCCAAAAAGAGCAGGCAUUCUUCAAGGGUGCAUAUUAUAUUGGAAAGAUGGUAUGGAGUAAAGGUUACACAGAGCUUCUUCAUCUGCUUCAUAAGCACCAAAUGGAGUUAUCUGGCCUUAAAAUGGAGUUGUAUGGCAGUGGGGAAGAUUCUGAUGAAGUAAAAGCAUCAGCUGAGCGAUUGAGCUUAGAUAUUAGAGUCUAUCCAGGCCGCGACCAUGGAGAUUCAAUAUUUCACGACUACAAGGUUUUCAUAAACCCAAGCACAACAGAUGUGGUAUGCACAACGACUGCAGAAGCUUUGGCGAUGGGGAAGAUUGUGAUCUGUGCAAACCAUCCUUCAAAUGAAUUUUUCAAAAGGUUUCCUAAUUGUCACAUGUACAAUACCGAGAAAGAGUUUGUCAGGCUAAUGAUGAAAGCAUUGGGAGAAGAUCCAAUCCCACUGUCAGAUGAAUUGAGGCAUGAGCUUUCCUGGGAGGCUGCGACAGAAAGAUUUGUUAGAGUUGCUGAUAUUGCACCAGCCGUGUUUGUCGAGCAAAAAGCACCCUCCUCAAAGUAUUUCAUGCGCAUCUCCCCGGAGGAACUGCAGAAAAACAUGGAAGAGGCUUCAGCAUUUUUCCAUAACACCAUCUCUGGGAUUGAAGCUGCUCGAUGUGUGUUCGGUGCAAUACCAAAUACCCUGCAGCCGGAUGAACAGCAGUGCAAGGAACUUGGGUGGAAUUUGCAGGGAUAA